CUCACGACGCGUUCUGAACUAUAAUGAGUAUAAGCCUUGCAACGCGUUCCCAAAUUCUCGCGACGCGUUGCCAGACAAAAUGAGGUGAUGCAAACAAUUGCGACAGAAAGGUCAGCCAAGGUCAGACUAUUUAUGGUGCAGUGCCUAGUUGGGCGGAGUCCAGACAGACUGACUCUCUUCACUGAAUAUCGAAUUUAGCUUUUAUGGCAGGCUGGUCAGAGUACUUCGAGGAAGUAGGCAGUUUCCUACGCAGUCUGGAACAACAACUAGGUUAUGCCAGUGAGUCAUUUACCGAAUAUGCCAUUGAAAGGAUCCGCAAUUGUUUCACCAAUCUUUCUCGAAUAAAACAAGUACUAACCCUUACCAUUGAAGACAGUAGUUAUUCAGCUGACCCUUCAUUUGAAACCUAUGAUCACAUGUGUGCUGAGCUACUUGACAUUUUGUCGUCAUUGUUAUCUGUAUGGACAGAUUAUGAAAGAAACAUAAAUGUUAGUUCCCACGAGGCACAGUACAGUGCUCCCCUUGAACAUACUGGUGCACGGGGACGACCAAAGUUCGUGAUCCCUAAAGAGCAGUUGGUGUACCUCAAGUCUCUGAAUUUCACUUGGAGCUCUAUUGCUUUGCUAUUGGGUGUAACACGAAUGACCAUCUACCGCAGGCGUGUUGAUUGUGGUAUGUUGAAUAAUCCAUUAAAUAGACUGAGUGAUGAUGACUUAGAGGCACUCUUAAAAGAUCUUAAGGCAGAGUUGCCAUAUAUUGGAGAGGUGAUUGUUCUUGGAGCUUUACGUUCCAGAGGAUAUGAUGUCACUCGUGAACAGUGUAGACGUUGUAUACGUCGAAUAGAUCCACUUACUAUUCCUCUUCGUUGGCAAGGGAAUCUACAUAGCCGAAGACCUUAUUCAGUUCCCGGACCUAAUUCCCUCUGGCACUUAGAUGGGCACCACAAACUCAUUCGCUGGAGAUUCGUCACCCAUGGCUGUAUAGAUGGCUACUCCCGAAUGAUUACUUUUAUUGAAUGCAGCACAAAUAAUAGAGGCGAUACAGUUUACAAUUUGUUCCUAGAAGCUGCUACUAAGUAUGGCCUUCCAUCACGUAUUAGGUGCGACUAUGGUGGGGAGAAUAUUAGAGUGGCUGCACAUAUGUUACAACAUCAUGGUUUGAAUCGGAAUAGUGUGAUUACUGGAAGUUCGACCCACAACCAAAGGAUCGAACGCCUCUGGAGUGAUGUGCACAGAAGUGUAACGAAAAUGUACUACCGCUUAUUUUAUUUCCUAGAAUAUCAUGGAUUGCUGGAUCCCCUUAAUGAAAUGCAUAUAUUUGCACUGCACUUUGUGUAUCUUCCAAGGAUAAGAAGAAGUAUUAAAUUGUUCGCGGCAGCGUGGAAUAAUCAUGGUCUUCGCACCAUGCACCAUUCAUCGCCCAGGCAACUGUUUGUUUCCGGUUGCUUAAGACUUAGGCAUUCUGGCCUUGUGGCACUUGACUUCCUCGAUAGUACAGACGGCACGUAUGGAGUUGAUGGUGCAGAUGACGAAGAUGAUUACUCAUUGAUUGGUGAACAAGAAACCAGUGUUCAAGUUCCAGAGUCAAGAGUUCAGUUGUCAUCAGAACAGGUAGAGCUCUUAACUACCCAGGUUGACCCACUAUCUCCUAGCGACAACUAUGCAAUAGAGAAAUAUGAGAGAGCUUUAUCUCUUUUACAUGGAUGGUUUGCUACCUUUUAGUCGUACAAAAAUCAAUCUGUUUUGUACAUAAUAAUAAUUAUAAUUCUGCUGUGUUUUAGGCUUUGUCAACACAAACAUGCAUGUAAUGAAUUUUUUAUUUAUACACA